GUCUCUCCUGGAUUGUCCUACGGAACGUGAACGCAUCAUCACUUCCUCCCUCGCAGGCCGCGCCUGGUAAGCUCUCGGUGGGGACGGAGGGGGCUGCCCGACGGACCAGCGACAGCCCAUCUUCCGUAGAACAACAAAACACACACACACACACCAUGUGAAGAAAAAAAAAAACAGAUUUAAGAAGUGGACACAAGAAGCCGAGCUACCGAAGCGCAGUCCUUCGGCAGAGAGCGGAUGGACAGAGCGGGAGAGGAGUCUCACCGACGGUAGAAGAAUCUUCUACCAUGCCGACGAGCGAUGGCCCCGGCCGCUUCCCGGUCUUUGCGGCUCCGCCCCACGGCAACCACCAGAGGUCUCCGGGUUAUGUCCCCGGGCGGGUGGCUCCGGUCCGCUCGCCGCCACCCGUCAAGGCUCCACCGCCUCCCCCGAUGAAGCCUCACAGGCCCCCGCCGAACCAACGGGCCAACUUCACCCUGUCGGAGGAGAACCAGCGCAGGGAGCGGGCUCCGAGCCGCCAGCACAACAAGAACACACUUAUCUGUAUAGGCGUGUCCAUCGGCGCUUUAGUCAUCACCAUCAUCCUCGUCCUCAGUAUCUCCAACGGAGAGGCACUAGAUGCCAAUUGUCCGGACCACAAUCCAUCGCUUACCAGCUGGAACCCGGGCCACCAAGCAAAGAAUGCCGUUAAUGUCAAGAGGGGACAUUUAUUGAGAUUGGAGUCUUCGGCUACCUUCCACUCACUAACCAUCCAGUCAGGAGGUCUGUUAGUUUUUGCGGACAACGCUGCCGGCUCCAAACGCAUAACCCUGAGAACUCGUCACAUCCUCAUCGAGGACGGCGGGGCCCUUCACAUCGGCGCGCCGAAAUGCCGCUACCGCUCUCGCGCCACCAUAGUUCUGGUGGGCCGCUCCGACGACGCGGCGGCGUCCGAUGUGCCCGGCUUCGGCCGCAAGUUCAUAGGGGUCAUGGGAGGCGGCACUCUGGAGCUGCACGGUACCCGGAGAGUCUCCUGGUCUCUGCUCACCCGAAGCGUCCCGGCGUCCGGUCUGGACACGGGGGGCAACGCCUUCAACCGGACCUUCAGCAGAGGCAUCAACCUGCGCGUUGUCGACCAGGACACGGCCGCCCUGCUGUUCUCUGAGCGCUACGACACGUACGAGUCCCGCAACGACAGCCGGCGGCUGACCCAGCUGCUGCUCUCCCUGCCGGCCGGCCGCAUCGUCGCGCUGGCCGUCGGAGACUCCGCCUCCAAAAGUCUCCUGGAUGAAACCAAGAAGGCCAUCGAAGAAAAGCUGGGCAGCAGAUUUGUCUAUGAGCUCAAAUACAGAAAGGCGUGGGCUUUGGUCUCCGUGGUGGGCGGUGGUAACGCUUCGUGCUCCGAGGACGUGAGGGAAUAUGAAAACCACGACACGGGAGGCCGAGCUCUGGCAAGACGCAACUUCACCACUGUGAACGGGGCGGGCUUCUCGGUCACGGCCUACAGCGAGUGGAAGCAUGGUUAUCCCAUCUCCGGCUUCCAGGUGGAUGCUGUGGACCAGGUGCUGCUGAACCUGCAGGACAAAGUGAAGCAGACCUGGCAUCCCGGGGAUAAGAUUGUGGUUGCCAGCACAGACUACUCCAUGCACCAGGCAGAAGAGUUCACCUUGUUGCCCUGCUCUCAGUGUCACGCCAAGCAAGUCAGGAUACAAGGGAGGCCUCAGUAUCACCAUGUUGGGGAGAUCGUAGACGGGGUCGACAUGCGCGCUGAAGUCGCUCUGCUCUCCAGGAACAUCCUCAUCCACGGGGAAAUGGAAAGCUCGUGCUACGGAAACAACUUGUGCCAGUUCUACAACCAUGACACCUUUGGGGGCCACAUUAAGAUUGUAGCUAACUUCUCAUCAGUGCAUCUGUCCCACGUGGAGCUGAGUAACAUGGGCCAGCAGGUGGAGAAAGGCCGCUACCCGCUCCACUUCCACUUGUGCGGGGAUGUGGACCGGAGGGGAGGUUACCAGGAGCCCACCUACGUGGACGGUCUCUCCAUACACCACUCCUUCUCCCGCUGCCUCACCAUACACGCCACCAACGGUUUGCUGGUGAAGAACACAGUCGGCUAUGACACUUUGGGUCACUGUUUCUUCAUGGAGGAUGGGAUUGAGCAGCGGAACACUUUGUACCGCAACCUCGGCUUGCUCACUCGACCCGGGACCCUGCUGCCCACUGACCGUAACGAGACCUUCUGCACCAGCAUCAAGGACAAAGUCUACAAGGGCUACACUCCCUCACCCAGCACAGAGUGCAAGGCAGUUUCAACAUUCUGGAUUGCCAACCCCAACAACAAUCUCAUCAGCAAUGCAGCUGCUGGUUCUCAGGAUGCUGGCAUAUGGUUUGUGUUCCACAGCUCCUCCACCGGACUGUCUCGAGGGCUGGUACCAGAGACCAAGGCAGAGCUCACUCCCCUCGGCAUUUUUUACAACAACCGUGUCCACUCCAACUUUAAGGCAGGUUUAUUCAUUGAUAAAGGAGUGAAGACCACAAAUCCUAGUGCUGCGGACCCCCGGGAAUACCUGUGUCUAGACAACAGUGCCAGGUUCCGACCACACCGAAAUGCCGACCCUAGCCAGCCGCGGGUGGCGGCAGUCAUCGACACUCUGAUCUCCUUCAAGAACAACGACUUGGGAGCGUGGAUUCGGGGCGGCGACAUCGUCAUCCGAAACUCUGGAUUUUCAGACAAUGGAGUAGGCUUGGCUUUUGCCAGUGAUGGCAGCUACCCUAAGGACGAGGGAUCCAGUCAGGAGGUGACACAGUCUCUGUUUGUGGGGGAAAGCCAAAACAGAGGCACCAACGGAGGACAGAAUAAAUACUGGGGUUUAGGAGGCGCUGAUGCUAAGAUGAGAACACUACCUCGAAACAGGACUUUCCCUAUCCGAGGUUUCCAGAUCUACGAUGGUCCUGUGCGGCUUACACAGAGUACGUUUCGUGGAUUCCUCCCCACACCUGAGCGUUAUACCAGCGCAGUCGGAUUCUUCUUGAAGAACCCCUGGCAGCUCACCCCACAAAAUAACUUGUCCCAGCUCGACUUCCAAUCCAGUGUGGAUCUGCGGGUAUUCUUUGGUCGCCCGGGGGAGUGGUUUGAACAGAACGACCUGGACGGUGACAAAAACUCCAUCUUUCAUGAUGUGGACGGGUCAGUAACAGGAUACACGGACACCUACGUUGGCAGAGCAGACAAUUACCUGAUCCAACAUCCCGGCUGUGUGAAUAUCUCCCAGUGGAAUGGAGUGAUCUGCAGUGGCCGCUACUCUCAGGUGUACAUCCAGACGCAGGGAGCCCCGAGUCUCAGUUUAUCCAUCUGCAGAGAUGAAUAUCCUGACGCUCCUCUGGUGCUGAGGGGGAUCAACAGCCAGAGUGCCGUGUCUCAGCAGUACCAGCCCAUCUUAAUGAUGAGCAAGAGCUACAGUCUGCACUGGAAUGGCCCAGCACCGAGAGAGGUUGUCCUCUCUCUCAUCAACUUUGACAAAGAUGAUUGGGUCCUUGUGGGACUGUGUUAUCCAUCAGACACCACGUUUCAGAUUAUGGCCGACAUCAAUGAUAGACAAAGCAACACCUUUGAUGAGCUCACGGACUAUGGCACUGUGUCGUCCCUUAAAGAGCUGGAGAAGAGGCCCAUAGAGAGGAAGUACUUCUUCGACCGAAGUGUUGGCUUGUUGUGGCUCUACCUCCGGGCCAGGCAUGGGCGUGAUGGCUACAGCUACUGUUCAUCAAAAGGCUGCGAAAGAGUGAAAGUCGUGGCCACCACGUCGUCAAAAAAGACCUGCAACUGUACGUCUGAGGCCUACCCAAAGUACUACAAGACCCCUUCGGCAGUGGUGCAUAUGCCCAAGCUCAAUACACAGGCCUGCAAAGGCUGUGGUGCUAAAGGGCUUGUGUUUUCCAGUGAGCCAUGGACCUCCUACGUCCAGACACAAGUCAAGUCCCUCAGUAGCGAAGAGCUGAAGAAAGGAGACAACACCUCCUUCAUCAGUGUGAAUAUGGUGGCCAUGCCCUUUACACAGCCUGGGUACUUCCUGGUCUCUGUGGAUGCCUGCUCUGGGAAAGUCACCAAGAAAAUCGUAUUUGCCAAGAUGGACGGCAAGAUGGAAAAGUAUCUGAAAACUGGAAUACCAAAUGGGUCUAUAGUGCUCAUGGCAACACGAGGUCAGCCAGAGGGCUUAGUUGGUGUCGCGCCAUAUUUGGUCUCAUUCGGUAUGACAAAAGCUGCUGAUCUGCACGGAAAAGAGAGUUUGGCGCUUUGGGGGUUCCGGGGUAGUUCUCCACCCCCUCCGUGGGUCUCACUACAAGCUGGGCAGGAGGAUAUGUUCCUGGGGCUGCAGGAGCGGUAUUUGCCUCUGGGUCUGGAUGAAUACGGCUGCAGGCCACCUGAAGUUCAAACGCGCAAAGACCUGGAGCUGCUCAAAAUAGCCACGGGAUAACAAUGACAGUUGUGACCUUUUACAACUUGACUGCCCAGAACGCCUUUGCACACAGAUACACACACAACCAGCUGUUGAAUGUGAACUGCUGAACCUUUUUUAAUUUAUUAAUAAUGGCAUUGAUGUUUACCAAUUUCAAGUGGAGAGGAGGUAUUUUAUUUUGAAUGGGAUGAGUUUUUUUAUGUUGUGUGUGUGUGUGUGUAAGUAUGCUAUGGGGACAUUGAGUCAAUGCACUUUCCUUUUUAAAUACACAACUUGCCUUAUCAGCCAAAGUGAUCAACUGGAGCUUUAUAAUAACUCAGUUGUGGUCUGUCACAAAGCAACAUUCUACCUACAAAUCCUAUUGUAACAAAAACAAAUCAAUUGGUUCUAAAAACCGAAGACAAUGCAUUAGACAUACAGAGGACGACUGGAAAUUAAGAAAAUAAAUUGUGUUGUCCCUGAAAGCAGACCAUGUUUUUGAUUUAAAUAAAUUAAACAAGAUGGAUCAAACGAGUUCCGGUCCAAGGGAAAUUAUGAAAAUAAAUGCAGUUGCAUCUAAGAAUGAAAACGCAAUGUCAAGCCAAAAUCAAUCAUGUAGUGUAAAACGAUGUUGGUUGAUUGUUGGCUUUAAAGGUUAUAUGAUGCAGAACACCUAUAUUGUACAGACAAGGUCAUAAGCCAUAUUCAACUAAUUGAAAUCGUUAUAUAGACGUAGGUUCCUUUUUACAGUCAAAUGAAUCAAGCCAUCUUGCCUUUGUUACUCAGAAAUGCCAUUAAAUAGACCAAUGAAUACAUUAUAGGCCUUCACUGCUUCGCUCUAAUCCUAACACACAUCCUCUCUCUUUUUCUUUUAACUGAAUCUACCUGGAAAACCUCAUCUUUGUGCAGCUGUAAAACUGAGACUUUAAGCACCUUUUUUUUAAUGGAUUCCCAGAUGGACUUACUGGAAUUAUUUUUCAAAUCUCAUUUUAUUUACCCUACAGUUAUGGUGUCUCAAGUGCUAUGAACACAAAUAUGAAUAUAUUACACUUCUUUCUUUGUUUUCUCAAUUGAACAUUUCACCUUUCUUCUGCCUCGGCAUUAUUGCUCAACCCGUGUUUAGGUGGCAUCAAGGGUGCCAUUUUAGAGUAAGUGCCCUGCCUGCACAGCAGUGAGCAGCGUAAUGCCCACAGAGCGUACACCACCUGUAAGGUAUGCAGAUUUAUAACGUGUGUACUCUUUUAAGAUUGUUUGGAUGUGAGCAGGGCUCCCCCACUGAGCAAUGAUAAGGACACACUGUGACUCGUCUGUGUCUGUCUGUUUGUUUGUGUGUGGGACUGACUGCAAGUGUGUCUCUGGCCAUGUGAGACAGAGAGAUCCUCUGGAGGACAAUGACCCUGUUGUCAUUUAACCACUCUACUAUUAAAAAAUAGCAAAAGAACAAGAGAAAAAGAUUCCUAGCCCGUGAUUUUUGUUAAACGGAUACUUUUGAAGAUGCACGAUCUGAGAUUUCUUAAUGAGUUAAGUGGAAGUGAGCUUUGUAAAUACGGCGUUAAAUGAUCUGAUGGUGUGGGUAAUGGGAAUGUCAAGCAGGUUGUGAAUACUGUCUAUGCUGUGUUUUUGUUUUUUGUCAGUCGCUGUGUCACUUGAAAAAAUGUAUGUUAAUUCUUUCAAUGUGGAAACUCAGCAUUUGUUAUGAAAUUACUAAUUAAAAAUGUAUCCUUAGUGAUGAA